AUGCAAGGAUACAAUUAUGCCCGCUCAGAUCCAUUCCAGCAACCGCAGCAAAGUCAUAAACCAGUGUACCUUUCGCCAUCAUAUGACCUCACAUCGAACGGAUCAGCCCAUUAUCCACACAACACAAGCACCAUCACCACUCCAACGUGGUCAGAGGCAGCAAACCCGCCAGCUCCAGCGCCAGUCGACGGACCGGAAGACCACGCGUCAUCCUAUCACCUCACACCAGCUACACCAACAACUUCCCCGUACCAAACCGAGCAAUCACACCAACUCAUCAACGUCAGCACAUCCACCGAUCCCACCGUCCGCAAAGUCAAUCAACCCCCCCUCCUCCAGCAGCGUCAGCGAACCCGCCAUCCGACCGCUCCAGGCAAUACAGAGCCCGACUCGGUGCGGUCAACGGCGUCCGAACGGCCUCGAAACAACCCGUCGGGAAAGCCACCACCGCCCAGCUCCCGGACAACCCUUGCCCCAUCUGUGGCCUCGGUCACAAACGGCCGUACCAUCUCGAAUCCCAUUUCAUCGGGCUACUUCUGGAACGAGCUGCUCGUGUACAAGAGACGGGUCCGCAGUGCGAGGGAGCGGGAUCAGGCCCGGAAGGGCGCGGGGCACGGCGGUGGGAAGCGCGCGGGGGUCGAGGAGGGGGACGAGACGCCGAGUGGGAGGGGAGGGGGAGGUGGCGGGAAGCGCACGGGGGUCGAGGAGGGGGACGAGACGCCGAGGGGGGAGGGAGGUGGUGGUGGUGGAAAGCGCGCUCGGGUUGCGGGAGGCGGGUUGAGAUUCGGCGAGGCGCUGUCCGUCGCGCUGGGCUACGAGGAUUUACUGUCGCUGGCGGAGCGGGUGCACCGUUCAUGUUUUUUCGACGCGUAG